AUGCCUCACUCGCUCCAUCCUCUGUCCUCUGCAUCUGCAGCGAUCACAUAUGCUGCAGUUCCAAACCCCUGGCCUGGCUUCUCCCCCCAGUGCCCCUUCGUAUCACCCCGCCUCACCCCUCCUCACCCCCUCCUCACCCCCUCCCGGCAGAGCCCGGCCAGUGAGAGGCUCAGAUUACCGCGGCCACGCUCAUUUUUCCAUUAUGAGUUCAUCUGCCGGCACAAAAAGGAAGCCACGGGUGCAACCUGA